GUUCACCUUCCCCCUCGCCAUGGGACAUGGCUCUGCUGCCACCCCAACCCCGGUUGUCACAUGAAGGGCCCUUGCAGCAGGGCAGGACACCCUGAACCCCACUGCACCCCACCAGUGCUCCGCAUCUCCCUCCUGCACCGACACGUGGGAGCAGGCUGGCUGUGCCAGCCCCUGCCAGGCUCAUAGCACCGGGGUGCUGACACCCCCCCAGGAUGCCCAGGGGACCCCACAAGCAGGACGACCACCUCUCCUGGGCCAGGGCAGCGGGCAGUACCAGCCAAGGGAUCCCUGGGGACAGAGUGCAAAGGAUGCUGAGGUCCUGCCCAAGGUGUGCAAGGAGGUGGCCAUGGGCACAGCCACGGAUGCCAGGACUUUGUCCUGGUGGCCAAGGCCAUGUGCAAGCAUGCCAGCAGGGAAUUCUUAACAUUCAGACGAGUCUCACCGAAUAAAGCGGGCUAACACAAAUGUUUAUUUUCACAGUAGUGAAUUAUGACUUCAAUAGACCAAAAUUACAGGCUGCGCGCGUGGAAUAGAAAUGAAGCAGACCCUGCCACCCAAACGCUGCCAGGGGGGAUGCGGCAUGGCUCCCUCCUGCCCACGCUUGGUCUCAGCUCAACCACCUUGCCAGAUCCCGCGGAGACGCGGGCCGCCACCAUGCCUGACUCGCCGGCUGACGUGAAGACGCAGUCCAGGUCCACGCCGCCCAGCAUGCCACCGCCACCACCCGCCGUCACACAGGGAGCCACCCGCCACCCGUCCUUCAUGCCAAACACCCAUCGAGACGCUGGCCCUCCGACGUUUCUGCCUCGCGGCCGUUUUCAUGGUUGCUUGAAAUGGUCGAUGGUCUGUCUUUUGAUGAACGGGAGCAGCCACUCGCCCACUGCCAUCAAUGGAGCUCCGUCCACCCCCAAUGGGUUCAGCAACGGCCCGGCCACCUCCUCCACUGCCUCCCUCUCCACCCACCAGCUCCCCCCAGCCUGCGGUGCCCGGCAGCUCUCCAAGCUGAAGCGUUUCCUCACCACGCUGCAGCAGUUUGGCAACGACAUCUCCCCUGAGAUCGGGGAGCGGGUGCGCACCCUCGUCCUGGGGCUUGUGAACUCCACGCUCACCAUUGAGGAGUUCCACGCCAAGCUCCAGGAGGCCACCAACUUCCCACUGCGUCCCUUCGUCAUCCCCUUCCUCAAGGCCAACCUGCCGCUGCUGCAGCGGGAGCUGCUGCACUGUGCCCGCAUGGCCAAGCAGAGCCCAGCGCAGUACCUGGCACAACAUGAGCAGCUGCUGCUGGACGCCAACGCCUCCUCGCCCGUCGACUCCACCGACCUGCUGCUGGAGGUGGGCGAGAGUGGCAAGAGGAGGACGCCAGACAGGACCAAAGAGAACGGUUUGGACCGAGACCCCCUGCACCCCGAGCACCUCAGCAAGCGGCCGUGCACCAUGAGCCCGGCGCAGCGCUACAGCCCAAGCAAUGGGCUCAGCCACCCCCCAAAUGGGCUGGGACACCCCCCUGCUGCCCCCACCCUGCCCCAGCACUACCGCCUGGAGGACAUGGCCAUGGCACAUCACUAUCGCGACGCCUACCGACACCCCGACCCCCGGGAGCUCCGUGAGCGCCAGCGGCCUGCCGCGGUGCACGGGGCACGGCAGGAAGAGGUGAUUGACCACCGGCUCACCGACCGGGAGUGGGCAGAGGAGUGGAAACAUCUCAACAACCUGCUGAACUGCAUCAUGGACAUGGUGGAGAAGACGAGGCGGUCGCUCACAGUGCUGCGGCGGUGCCAGGAGGCCGACCGUGAGGAGCUGAACCACUGGAUCCGGCGCUACAGUGAUGCUGAGGACAUGAAGAAAGGCAGCCCCCCCUCCGCCCGCCCCCACAACAGCUCCUCCGAAGCACCUCAGUUAGAUGCUCACCGAGAGUUUGCACCACGAGCGCUCUCUGGGUAUAUGCCGGAGGAGAUCUGGAGGAAGGCUGAAGCUGUGAAUGAGGUGAAGCGCCAGGCCAUGUCCGAGCUGCAGAAAGCCGUGUCGGACGCGGAGCGGAAAGCCCACGAGCUGAUCACGACGGAGCGAGCCAAGAUGGAGCGAGCCCUGGCUGAGGCCAAGCGCCAGGCGUCCGAGGACGCCCUGACCGUCAUCAACCAGCAAGAGGACUCAAGCGAGAGCUGCUGGAACUGUGGGCGCAAAGCCAGCGAGACCUGCAGCGGCUGCAACACUGCGCGCUACUGCGGCUCCUUCUGCCAGCACAAGGAUUGGGAGAAGCACCACCACGUCUGCGGGCAGACUCUGCAGGGGCUGCCGGCCCCUGCCGCCCCCGCCGGGCUGCCCCCAGGUCCCUGCCAGCCCGACACCGUGGCCACCAUCGCCAGCAGCCCCAGCGACACGGGCUCGGCGGCCGCUUCCCGCGCUGGCACGCCGGCCACCCCGGCUCCGCUGGAGACCGCGUCCCGCUGAGCCGCCCCGCGCUGCCGCCGCGCUCCGGCACACACGGACUGCACUGGAUGCAAUUAUUUCCUCAGCUACCUGACUUGUGUGACCUCCGAAACGACCUCUCUAGCUCUCACAAAUAAUCCUCACGGAUCCUCAAACUGGGCUUUAAGUGGAGUUAAGGCAAAUACCGGUCUUCUCUGUUCUCUCUUCUGUCUUUCUUUUGGCUUUUUUUUUUUUGGUUGGUUUUCUAUCGGUUGGGGGAUUGUCAUUCAUUAUUUUUUUCCUCUUUUUUUUCUAUUUUUUCUCUCUGGAUGCGGAGUUGGGCCGCAGCCUGGCCAUGCAGUGACAUGGGAGAGGCCGGCCUGGCCCCGGCUCGCAUCGGCGCUGCCAAGGGGCUGCUUGCAGGAGGAAACAAACUUCACUUCUUCGUCUCUGUCUUCUUUAUAUUUUUUUCUCUUUUUCUUUUUUUUUUUUUUUUUGUAAAAAAAAAUAAUAAAGAAAAUAAAAAAGAAAACGUCAAACUUUUUGGCUUUAAGUAAGAAAUUGUAAAAAAGGGAAAAAAAAAAAAAAAAGAAAAAAAAUCCAAAAACCAGACGACGCCAAGUCGAGCCGCGUGACGGACGCUCACCUGUAACUACCUUGCUAGCUAGCCAAGAACAGACCGGACUCACCUCUGCUCCAAAGGAAAUCCAAAACCAAGGAACAUCCAAAUGUCUCUCCACUGCCAAAGUUCGUUUCGUUCUGUUGUUGCUUCCUUCUCCUCCCCGCAAGGAUGGAUGGAUGCACCCCCGGGGCUUUAAAGAGUUUCUAUUAAAAUAAAGAAAAAAAAAGUGUUUUUUUUUUAACAAAAAAAGCAAGUCCCUGAGGCAUGGGAGGGGGAGAUGGUGGCUGAGAAGCGCCAGAGUCGGCACAUCUCUACCUCUGCCCGCCGCCGCCCUGGAAAAAGAGAAUUCAAAGGAAAAAAAUGAGAUUAAAAGACAGAUUUUGGUUUUCCCCCUUCCCGGAGCCGUCAGGGGACACCUGCGGCCGGACCCCCCAAACCCCUCGCUGCUGGGCUGCUCCCACACCCCGCAUUGGAUUUAUUUUGCAAGGAUUUUUAAGAGGAAAAAGGAAAGGAAAACGAGCGCCACCUCCUUCCUGGCCGAGGAGGCAGUCAAGGACAGUGUCCAUUAUUUUGUAUUUCUCGCAUUGUUGUACAAAGCGCAGAGGACAGGAGUGCAAUACGGAAAGUCCCCCGGCCCCAAGGAGGGCAGCCCCAGCGGGCAGGAGUGCUGUAUGCUAAUGUGAAUGUAAAUAGUCUUUGCAGAGGUCCAAAAAGAUAAUAAUAAUGAUGAUCGUGAUAAUAAUAAGAGACAUUUGCCAAAUAAAAGAUGCUGAGAACCCGCUGGAGGCUUUGACGUGGGGGAGUGAGGCUGCCGGAGGCGAACAGAAGUUGUUGUGCUCGAUAGGAGCUGUAGUUUUUCCGCAUUUGCAAUAACCAUCCUGUGUGUUUUCUGUAGGGGAGGAAGAGGAGGGAAGGGCUGGGGACGGGGGACUGGGUUGUUCUGUGCAGGGGAAUGUUCUGUGCACCCCGAGACCUCGGUGCAACCCCCCAGGGGAUUCCGUGCACCCCAAGACCGCAGUGCAUCCCCCCAGGGAGAUUCUGUGCACCUCAAGACCUCAGUGCAUCCCACCGGGGGGAUUCUGUGCACCACAAGACUGGGAGAUUUGCCAGGUGCCCCUUGAGUGACUGUUCGCUUUAUUUAUGGUGUGACGUACGUGAUAUUGUCUAUUUUUCUUACGUUUCCUGAGAAGAGGUAAUAUAUAAGAGUAUUGCAGAUGCACCUGCUGUGGGGCUGCCUGCUCUGUGGGUGACUGGCCCAUCCCUGCCCCUCCAGCCGUGGAUGUCCCAAUGUGUCCCCACAUGCCCCUGGCCCUGCUCCGCACCAGGGCUCUGCCUCUACCUCCACCUCACCAGGAAACCAGGGACGAGAGCAUUUCCAUGGAGUCUGCUCUCGUUUCCACUCCCUUCACUUUUGUUUUUUUUUCAUUUUAAAUUUUUUUUCUUUUUUUUUUAAAUAAUAAUAAAACUACUCUAAAGAACUUUGCAUUGAAACCAAAAGCCAAGGGAGGGGACGGGCGGUGUGGUGCUAGCAGAUGUCCAAACCAGAACGACAGCUUUAAAGUGUAAUAUUUCCCAAAAAAUUAGUGAUGCGGGGAGGACGGCAGUGGCGGCGCGGCUGUGGGGCCGGCGUGGAGGUGGCUGUGGUGGCCAGGAAGGUGCUGGCUGGAGUGAUGGGGUAUUAUUUGGGGUGUUAUUUGGAAAUGGUGUCGGUGUGUGCGGGGGGCUCCCAGUCCCUGGGGGGAGGCAGAGCCCCAGGUGCUGGGUGCAGCACCAGGCUGGAGGAGGUGACAGGAGGGACGUGGCACUGGGACCCCAUCCCUGGCAGGUGAGGGUCUCUCCAGCUCCUUCCUCGUAUUCCCAACCUGAAAUGCCAGCUGAAACCAAAGUGCCGCGUCCUGGCGAGGCUGGGCAGCCCGGAGCCGGGGUCCCACCCCUGCCUGGGCUUUGCUCCAUUACUGCUGGAGCCCCCACAGACCCCCUCCUCACACUCCUCCUCCGGGGCCUGCCAGGGUCCCCCCUUCUGCUUGGGGUGUCCCCCUGGAUCCUGGCAGGUUUGAGGUCAGGGAGAAGAUGUCACCUUGUUCCCAGGUCCCAGGCACUGUGCUGGGGUGUCCUCACCACAGUGACAGCCGCGGGGGCUCCUCUGAUGCCACCACACGUCACAGCCCUGGGAGGGAGGUGUCGUGCUGCUGUUCCUCCUCGCUCACAGCACCGGUCCCUGGUUGCCCUCCCCAUGUGGGGCUGAGUCCUGCCCACAUUACCCUGCCAGCCCUGGGGACAGGGACACCAGGGCAUGGGGGUCCCUGGGGAGCUGGAAACCAGAGCCCCCUCCAGGGCUGGGGGGCAUGGUGGCAGCCUGCCCUGCCCCGCUGGGUGGGUUUUGGGGGCCAGCCCAGAGAGAUGAGGUGGUAGGACUUUCCUUCGGCAUGCUGUCCCCCCCCCUUGCUGUUUCCUGCUUUCUCUAAGUGUACUGUAUGUUUGACAUGUGAAAGAUGUAAACUUUAUGAUUCAGGUUAUGUCUGUUCUUAACUCUGUAUCUGUGUAAUAAAGACAAUUUAAUAUCAA